GUGAUCAAACAAUGCCGUAAUACGGAAGUAAAACAGUUGACGCUCUUUGCGUUAUUGAAACAUCUUGUACGUGCAGUGUUAUCAUGAGUCAAAUGUAUUUAACAAACGUUUUGAUACAAAGUAAAAGAAACUCCUGAGAAACGACUUCAUUCUUCCGUGUUUGCUGUAUCUGGAGAUCUGUCGGUGUUUAGAGGUUUGUGGAGCAGUGUUUGAAUGCGACAGGAGGGCCUGACGUCUCUCAUAAACACACGCUGCUGUUGUGUUGAUCAGUCUUCGUGCGCACGCACCAUGUAACGCAAGUUCUACGGAAUUACUUGCAAGAUUAGAUACUAUCUCUAAUGUCAACAGGUACAUUAUUCGGAAACAACGAGGAACAAGAACACACAGUCUAGAAACCCCCACAUGACACUUCAUGACAGCUUGUCUGGAUUUUCUGGGAAAAAAACACUGCAAACAUGAGGAUUUUCAGGACGUUGAUGAGCACCGCAUCCAUCUCCAAGCACAUCGAUUUUUACUCCAGAUUUUCACCUUCUCCUCUCUCUAUGAAACAGUUCAUAGAUUUUGGAUCAGAGAAUGCCUGUGAGAAAACAUCCUUCACGUUUCUGAGACAGGAGCUGCCCGUCCGGCUGGCAAAUAUCAUGAAGGAAAUCGAUUUAUUACCCGAUAACCUGCUGAGGACUCCAUCAGUGCGUCUGGUGCAGAGCUGGUACAUGCAAAGUUUCCAGGAUAUUCUCGAGUUCAAGGACAGAGAUAUUGAUGAUGAAAAGGUCACAAAUGACUUCACACAAGCUGUGAUUAAGAUCAGGAACCGACACAAUGACGUGGUGCCCACCAUGGCUCAAGGUGUGGUGGAGUUUAAAGAGACCUACGGUACCGACCCCAUCACCAGCCAGAACAUGCAGUAUUUUCUGGAUCGGUUCUAUAUGAGCAGGAUUUCCAUCCGAAUGCUCCUCAACCAGCACACUCUUCUGUUUGGAGGAAAUGUGCGUGUGAAUCCCGCUCAUCCCAAACAGAUCGGCGGUAUUGACCCCAGCUGUCACGUCACCGAUGUGUUGAAAGAUGCCUAUGAGAAUGCCCGAAACUUGUGUGACAGGUAUUAUAUGAACUCACCUGAGCUUGUACUGGAGGAAUUCAAUGUGAAAGGACCUGAGGAACCCAUUACUGUAGUUUACGUGCCCUCUCAUUUGUAUCACAUGGUAUUUGAGCUCUUUAAGAAUGCCAUGCGCGCUACCAUGGAACUUCACGAAGAUGCCAUGCACUAUCCACCGGUACAUGUGAGGGUCGCUCUCGGAGAAGAAGACAUGACCGUAAAGGUCAGUGAUCGUGGGGGAGGAGUUCCACUGAGGAAGAUUGAAAGGUUGUUUACAUACACCUACUCUACGGCCCCUCGUCCUCAGAUGGACACGUCUCGAGCCACUCCUCUGGCUGGUUAUGGUUACGGGCUGCCCAUCUCCAGACUUUACGCCAGGUAUUUCCAAGGAGAUCUCAAGCUCUACUCCAUGGAUGGAUACGGUACUGAUGCUGUCAUAUACAUUCGAGCUUUGUCCACCGAGUCCAUCGAAAGGCUUCCGGUGUACAAUAAAUCUGCAUGGAAACACUAUAAGAGCAUCCACGAGGCGGAUGACUGGUGUGUUCCCAGUAAAGAACCCAAGGACAUGACGACCUUUCGCAGCUUCUAGUGUCCCGUACAGCUCAAAGAUGCUUUGGGUUUGCUCUCUCCAGUUUCCCUUACAGCUUUUCCAUCAAUGCAGAUCCAGAACUGACAGAACGAACAGAUUUCACCACCCACUCAUGAUAAAGAUCACCUACAGAAAUGAGUAAUAAGAGUCCGGGCUCUGAAAGAUGUUGUCAGGGAAUACGUCACACAGGGACAUGCUACGUCUCAAGAUGUGUGUUUGCAGGGAUGUAAACUGCACUGGGUGGCAGUAUUAUACAGUAAGUUAGCACAGGCGUUGCUAGUGCCAUGCUCGCAGUUACACUGUUUGGAUGAGUUUAACUUUAAGAGUGUGCCAGUAUAAGCUUUCUUGAUGUAUUUUCUUAAUGUAAGAUUAUUAUAUAUAUAUAGAAAAGAAGUGGGUGUAAUUUACUUGUCUGCCAUAGAGACGUGUUCAUUUUGCAGUGUUUCAUAUUGUUGACAAACCGUCCCACGUAUUACCAGUUCUGUUUUUUGGCUGAAGAAUGUAUAAAAUCGAGUUCAUUGUUCAUUACAAAUCCUUCCACAGUGCUGAAAUGUUAUCUUCUUAAGCAAUGUUUCGGGACAUUAACUGACAAACACAGAACAUGCAUUUAAACAGAAAUUGUGUGAUGCUUUUGUUACCAUUAAUGUGAAACUCGUCCAGAAUUGAUGUGUUAAUAAAGGAUUUAGAGUGCA